AUGGAAAAGGAAACAGACAUCGAGUCAAAAUAUCAAAGAUUAGCUGCUGAAUAUUCCAAGAUACGAUCUCAAGCAACUGUUCUCAAAAAAGCCGUCUUAGAUGAACAAGCGAAGACAGCAGGACUUCAAGAUCAAGUUAGAAAUCACGAACAAACCGUCAGGAAACGCGAUCAAGAAAUCGAAAGCCUUACUUUUCGAAAUGAUCAGUUAACAAAAAGAAUUGUCGUCCUUCAGCAAGAGCUGCAGACUAGUAAUAGUGGCAAGAAAAAUAAGAACAAAACAACCGAAAGUAUACCUAACGUUGAUAUCAGCGUAUUAAAUGACGAAUUGCAGAAGAAAAUUCUCGAAAAUGCUCAAUUAUUCAACUCUAUAGCUGAGAAAGAUUCCGAAAUAUUAGAAUGUAGAGAAAAACUAAAGAAUUUAGAUGAACUAAUCACAAAUCUCCAAACAGAAUUAACUAAUAAAGAAAAACUGCAUAACCAAGAUGAAGAAAAACAUAGAAAACAAUUGCAGGAGUUAGAGAAAAAUGUUAGGAAACUAUCUCUUCACAAUGCUGAAAACAAAAGGUCUUCAGAUAGCUCUGAAGAGAGUGCUAAACACUGGCAAAGCGAAGCAGAAAGGUGGAAAGCAGAAUGUGAAUUAUUAAAAUCAAAGCCACAAUCCAGUGACAAACUCACAAAUUUCUUUGAGUCCCAAAUAAGUGAAAUUUUAGAGUCAAAUGCCCUUCUCAAAUCUGAAACCCAAACAGUAUGGGCAGAAAAUUUAGCAUUAACAGCUAGAUUAGAAAAUGUGACCUUAGAACAUAAAAAGCUCAAAAGUAGCUUAGAAAGUAGUUAUGAGGAGUUGAUGACCACAAAUAACAACUACAAAACUCAAUUGGAUGCUAUGACUGAACACCUAGCAGCCCAAAAUGAGAAAAUUACCAAACAGUGCGAUGAGAUACAGUUUUUGAAACAUAAAUUGUCAUCAAAAAAAUAA